GGUUAAGUUUGGCGGGAGGUGACUGCAAGCGAGAUUUUGGACUCUCAUGGAGGAAGAGGUGCUUCGUCGGUCUGCGGGAGUGAUAGAGAGCCAGAGAUCCGUCCGAUAGCGAGGGGUACGAGUGGAGGGAGAGAGGAGGAGAAGCAGGAGGAAGGUUGUGAGCGAGGCGAGAAGAGAGGAGGACAUGGCGGCGCACGUUAAUGCCGGCCGCCGUCUUGUCGCGCUGGUGCUGGCGGUUUGCCUGUCGUGCGGUGUCGCGGCGCGCGUCGGCGGGCCGGAAGGGAGGCAGCGGUUGCAGAUUGGGCGGCACCUCAAGAGGCUCAACAAACCCCCAGUCAAGAGCAUCAAGAGUCCAGAUGGAGAUAUCAUAGACUGCGUGCAUGUGGCUCACCAACCAGCUUUCGAUCAUCCUUUGCUCAAGAACCACACUAUCCAGACAAGACCAAAUUUCCACCCAGAAGGCCUGUUUGAUGAUGACAAAGUAGCAUCGCAGAAGAAAACUCCCUCCGGGGUUCAGCUGUGGCACCAAAAUGGGAGAUGCCCGGAGGACACCGUUCCUAUCAGGAGAACCAGUAGGGCUGACGUGUUAAGGGCUAGCUCCAUUAAGAGAUACGGGAGGAAGAAGCAUAAAAGCAUUCCCAACCCCCUGUCUGUUGAGCCAGACCUUCUCAAUGAGAAUGGACACCAGCAUGCCAUUGCUUACGUAGAGGGAGACAAAUACUACGGAGCAAAGGCAACGAUCAACGUUUGGCAGCCAGGUAUCCAGCAAACUAAUGAGUUCAGUCUCUCCCAGCUCUGGAUUUUAGGGGGCUCUUUCGGGGAGGAUCUCAACAGCAUCGAAGCUGGUUGGCAGGUCAGCCCAGAUCUGUAUGGAGACAAUAAUACCAGACUGUUCAGUUAUUGGACUAGUGAUGCAUAUCAAGCAACUGGCUGCUACAACCUACUGUGCUCUGGAUUCAUUCAAGUAAACAAUGAGAUCGCAAUGGGCGCCAGCAUCUACCCGAUCUCCAACCACAGUUGUAUGUAUAAUCAUGCACAAACACCAAAUGCAAAAGCUCUGCAGAUCUUUUUCUUUAUAAUUGAUAACAUUUUUCUUUACCAUUAUGAAUAAUGGCACUGACAGGAUCCUAAGGAGGGGCACUGGUGGAUGCAAUUUGGGAGGGACUAUGUGCUUGGCUACUGGCCUUCCUUUCUCUUCUCCUACCUGGCAGAUAGUGCGUCAAUGAUCCAAUGGGGAGGGGAGGCUGUGAACUCUGAGCCAGAUGGUGUGCAUACUUCCGCAGAGAUGGGGAGUGGGCACUUCGCUGAAGAAGGAUACAGCAAGGCGAGCUACUUCAGGAACAUUCAGAUAGUUGAUGGUUCUAACAAUCUAAGAGCUCCAACAAGGAUCGGAUCCUUCACGGAGCAGUCGAACUGCUACGACGUGCAGAACGGAAACAAUGGCGAAUGGGGGCAGCACUUCUACUACGGAGGACCGGGUAGAAACUCAAAUUGCCCGUAGAGGAGGAAACAGCUCAUUAAUUCCUUUAACACUCGUAUAACAUUCGGGCAGUUGUUAGUAGUAGCGCUGCUGUUCCUUUGACUCCUAGGCAAUUGUGAAAAGUAGUUUCCUUUAUUGGUUCUGGGUUGGUUCUUCUAUGAGCGGUGCUGUUCUCCCGGACAAAGCCGAGGAGAUGAGAUAGCAUGGUUGCUAAGAGAAACCAACAGGGUUUCUGAUAGUAGUGUUUUCGUGCAUUUGUUCUGGCCUUGAUUCUAUUUGUUUAGGCA